AUGCAAUUCACCACCAUCCUCCUCGGCCUCUCCGCCGUCCUCACCACUGUCCUCGCGUCCCCCGUCGAUACCUCCGCUGCCUCUCCGCUCGUCGAACGUGCUUGCGCUUAUGACGACUGCGCUGCUUGCGAGGACUAUUGCUGGAACGACAUCCCAUGCCCUCCUGACCACAACUGCGGUAUUAGCCAGGCGACUUGCUUCAUUCUUUGCAUUGAGACUGGGUGCUGCGAUGCUUAA